AUGCUGACGUUGAGCCUGCGGCACAGGGAACUGGACCAGCGUCUGGACCUAGAUCUGCUCCUGGACCGUGAUCGCCCUGCCGAACAAGAGCGUCACCCGCGGCCCUUGCGGCCCCGGGAGGAGGAAGCCCUGUCCGGGUCGGGUACCGAAGAAGAGUACGAGGAAAAAGAAGGGCUGCUACAGGAGAUAUGCAGCCUCGCAAAAGACUUCGCCUACAAGGUCAAAAGCCGCAAAGCGCAGUCCUCUGCCGGUCAGAGGGUCAGUGCGGCUUUGACUCGCGACACUGCCGCUGCUACGUUGGUGCCAGCGUCGCAAGUCGCCUUCGAGCCACUCAGCGCAGAUGCAAGUUGUGACGACGCAUCUCAGAGUGCUGCAGACCUACUGGAGAGAAUUGUACAGGGCACCGACAUAGCCGCAACACCUGGCCCCUCGAACGAAACCACGACCACUGCUAAUAACCCGCGGCAAGAGGCAUUAACGAAUGCGGACGACAGGCCCGAUACUGAAGGAGCUGCCCAAGUUGUGCCUAGAAGACGCAGGGCUGAAGCAGCGACGGCUAGUGCGGACUAUGAAUUCAUCGAGAAGAGGUGGAGACACGAGAGGGCCCUGAAAGAGAAGGAGCACGCGCUUGAGAUGGAGCGUUUGGCCGUCGAAAAGCUCCGAAUCGAGCGAAAGCAACAACGCUCUGAGCAAAGGCACGCACUGAAACGAGAGAGAACUGAAAGAGAGCUGCAACUGAGAGAGCGGGAAAUGUAAAUUCGCGAACGCCAGCUGCAAGCACAACUCGACGAAGCGAGCCAAAGAGAGCAGCUGUCGAGAUUCCACAAGGCUACUCAAGAGGCGAUACUCAAAAUUGUAGAAACUAUUUGUGAAAAGUUGGCAAAGUAAAAAGCAUGUAAAUAACAUUCGGCUGGAUUGACAAGAACGCAGACUAAAUAAUGUAACAGCGCUUGUGGCUGGGCCGGAAAUCCAGCCCGCGACCUCAACCUUAAUUUUAUUAUGGAAAAAUUUCAGUGUUGCCGAGAAGACACUUCGAGAUUGUGUACCUGAAUUAUUCCAGCAGAAGAACCGACAUUUGGGCGAGUUUGACUGCGUUAAACAUGACACGAACACCAGCGUUCGUGUUCCUCCUUCUUUGUGUUUUGUCGUUUGCGCUGAAAAUCACUCAUCAUGUUUAACUGAAUUAUUACAGUUGUACAUUUUUGCAAUAAUCUGCCUUAAAUGUACUUCAUGUGCAAUACGUCUUUUUUUCCUUUACUCUGUCAGAAAUGGCGACACACAGGUUUCUGCCUGAUGGCCACACAUGCCACCAAACUUUUGACUCUACUAUUCACUGGCAAGCGGACCUCGUCAUUUUCGCAUCACAUUUGUUUUUAAAUUGUUCGUAAAAUUAGAGCUUCAUAACAUGAAAGCCAGCUGCUUACUUCUUCCU